CACUGUCUAUUUCUCCAUGGAGGAGUGGGAGUAUAUAGAAAGACACAAGGAUCUCUACAAGGACGUCAUGACGGAGGACCACCAAAUCCUGAAUUAUGUGAAACUAGAAACGGAAAACGUUCACCUCAAUGAUAUAAUUCUGAAUCUCACACUGGAGAUCAUUUACCGUCUGACCGGAGAGAAUUAUGAAGUAGUGAAGUCGGUAUCUGGUGAACAGAUAACAACAACCAGCUGUCCCAAUGGGUCAUCUCACUUGGUGACAUCUGAGACGUACAACAAACCACAAUGGAGACCCAUCAGCCUUCUCCUUGAGUCAUUCCCCAUUACAGUGCCUCCACCUAAGUGCCUGAUGACUAAGAGAAAUGUUGAGAAGAUUCUAGAAGUCGCCAACAAGAUGAUUGAGCUGCUGACGGGAGAGGUUCCUAUAAGGUGUCAGGAUGUCACUGUCUAUUUCUCCAUGGAGGAGUGGAAGUAUUUAGAAGGACACAAGGAUCUCUACAAGGACGUCAUGACGGAGAAUCGGCAGAUGUCAACAUUAUUAGAUGUAUAUAAAGUUCACAAUACUUCAGAAGGACUAGUUAAUUUAUCUCCAGAUCGUAGCUUAGAAGACCUCAAACAAUAUUCUCCUAAUUUAAGCUCCAGAAUUUGUCCUAGAUCAAUGAAUUCAUCUGAUCCUGCCAAAACUUCUGAUCUCUCAGAGGACCACCCAAGUUUUCACAGUGCAUCUGAAGAUCCUUCUGACUCCGAAGAAUCGUCUUCUGGAACAUCACCUACUGUAAGGCACAGAGACAAGAAGAUAUUUCGAUGUUCUGAAUGUGAUAAAUGUUAUACAAGUAAGGAACAUGUCAUUAGACAUCAAGCCGUGCACACCGGGUUGCUCCCCCAUACAUGUUCGGAGUGUGGGAAAUCUUUUGGCGAAAAAGCAGUACUCAUCCAACAUCUUAGAGUUCACACUGAGGAGAGACCAUUUUCUUGCCCAGAAUGUGGACAGGGUUACAAGCAGAGAGCCCAUCUCACGAGUCAUCUUACUGUUCACUCAAGCGAGAAGCUUUUCUCAUGUUCAGAGUGUGGGAAAUGUUUUAAAAGAAAAGACUCCCUCACUGUACACCAGCGAAAUCACACGGGUAAAAAGCAACAUACUUGUACAGAAUGUGGUAAAAGUUUCACACGGAGGGGUAUACUCAUUAAACACCAACGUACCCACACAGAUGAUCGGCCAUUUUGUUGCACGGAGUGUGGAAAACUCUUUAAACAGAAGUUCUGCCUUGAUCAACAUUGGAAAAUUCACAUACAUGACUUCUCAUGUUCAGUUUGCAAGCUGAUGUUUAAAACAAGGCUAGAACUUACUAAACACUAUGGGAAAAAUUGUAGCAAGAAGGUCUUUCCGUGUUCCGAGUGCGAGAAAUUUUUUGGAAGCAAAUCGCAUCUCGUGACCCAUCUGAGAGUUCACACCGGUGAGAAGCCCUUUUCAUGUUCUGAAUGUGAGAAAUGUUUUAAAGAAAAAGGAGCGCUUAGUAAUCAUUUGAGACUUCACAACGGUAAGACGUUUUCGUGUUCAGAGUGCGGGAAAAAGUUCACGACUAAAAGAUAUCUAGUUAUACACCAGAGAAUUCACACAGGUGAGCCUACUUAUACCUGCACGGAGUGUGGGAAAGCAUUUAGGUGCAAAAGUUACCUUUUUCAACAUCAGAGACUACACACCGGUGAAACCUUCGCAUGCUCCGAUUGUGAGAAAGUCUUUAUCAAAAAGUCACUUCUUGCACAGCACCAGAGAAUUCACACGGGUAAAAAAACCCUAUGACUGUUCCAGGUGUGAGCAGUCGUUCGAAGCUCAUUAAGCACCAAAG